CUAGCUGGUAAAUUGAUCGCGGCUAUGUGACGUCAUCCGGACGCGACCGCAGUUCCACGUGAGGCUGCAGCGGUUUGUUGAUGAGGGAUCGAUCUGCGGCUGAUUGAUCAGGGCAGAGAUGAAGAGGAGAGAGGAAGAGGAGAAGAUGAGGACAGCAACCAACCAGAGCUCAGAGGAGGAGGAGGAGGAAGAGGAGGAGGAAGAUGAAGAGGAAGAGGAGGAGGAGGAGGAGGAGGAGGAAGAGGGGCAAAGAGACACAAACAGUCAGACCCCAGAGGAGGAAGAUGAAGGACCCACUGACCAGAAAGAAGCCCAUGAUGAUGAUGAUGAUGAUGGGGAGCCAAAGAAGAAGAAGAAGGAGGACAGGAAGUGCGUUCCAGGUAUCAUCUACCUGGGCCACAUCCCUCCAAGGUUCCGCCCCAAACAUCUGAGGAACCUGCUGUCCGUCUACGGAGAGAUCGGACGGAUAUUCCUGCAGCCUGAAGACCGCCAGGUGAGGAAGAGGAGGAAGGAGUCUGGCUCCAGGAGGUGUGACUUCACCGAAGGGUGGGUGGAGUUCAGAGACAAGCGGGUGGCGAAGCGGGUGGCGCUGUCGCUCCACAACACGCCCAUGGGCACCAAGAAGCGCCAGAGAUUCUUCUCUGACCUCUGGAACAUGAAGUACCUGCACAGGUUCCAGUGGACUCACCUGAGCGAGCGGCUGGCCUAUGAACAGACGGUGCUGAAGCAGAGACUCCGGACUGAGGUCUCUCAGGCCAAGAAGGAGACCAACUUCUACCUGAACAACGUGGAGAAGAGCUCCCGCAUGGAAAAGCUGAGGAGGAAGAGGCAGAAGGUCGGAGAGCAGGUGGAGGAUAAGACCUGGGAUUUCACUCAGCGGCAAACAGAGGAGGAGAUCCAGAUGAAGAAGAAGAAGAAGAAAGAUGGCAGCACCCAGAAACGGCUGAAUAAAGCCCACCUCCAUCAGCUGGAGAGCCAAUCAAACGUCUCACUGCUGACUAAGAUUUUUAACACCAGCCAAUCAAAGUGAAGCUCAGAAAGCUGUUUCUAUGGGAACAAUAAACACAGAAGACUUGGUGACACUUUCUGCUCCCUGACCAUACAUGGCGUCAGAGCAGAAGGGGGCGGGGCCAUUGGGUGUCUCCUCCCACUCCUGAACAUGUUUGACUUUUUUUUUUAUGUAAAUAAAGUUUUUUAAUCUCUCA